GGCAGCUUGGUCUCUUGUCGGCGCAUAGACGAAGAUACGGAGGUGGAAAAUGGAACGCGGAAGGAUAUUUGCGCCUAUUUGCAUAUUUAUGCUUACAUCAAGAGCGAGACGAGCGAUAAGAGUUCGGUGCGUCGCGAGCGCACAGUGCGUAUUUUGCGCUUUCGCUCAUUCGACACUUACGAGGAGAACUUGAAGGUAGCUGAACGUUGGCAACAUGCCAUACGCAUCAAUCAGUCAGCAGUCAAAAAUCAGUUGGGUGAGAAACAACUGCUUAUCUUUCUAAAUCCCAAAUCCGGGAAGGGUAAAGGACGCGAGAUGUUCCACAAACAGGUGGCGCCUUUGCUCAAGGAGGCGGAAAUGCCAUAUGAAUUACAUGUGACCGCACACAUCAACUAUGCACGCGAGUUCGUGCGCAAACACAACGAUCUAUUGCGCUGCUACAGUGGCAUAGUGGUCGCUUCAGGCGAUGGUCUAUUCUUUGAAGUGCUCAAUGGCAUAAUGGAGCGCGAGGAUUGGCGUGCGAUCACGCGUGGAUUACCUAUAGGUAUCAUACCCUGUGGCUCGGGUAAUGGACUCGCGCGUAGCAUUGCCUAUCUCUAUAAGGAACCAUACGAACCAAAGCCGAUACUAUAUGCGACGCUGACAUGCGUUGCGGGUCAGCGUGCGCCGAUGGAUAUUGUACGCAUCGAUUCGGGAAAAGAAGGUAAAUCUAGUGAAAUUUAUUCGUUCCUCUCAGUCGGUUGGGGUCUUAUUGCCGAUAUUGAUAUCGAGAGUGAGCGUUUGCGUUCCAUUGGCGCCACGCGCUUCACCUUCUGGAGCAUACGCCGGCUGAUCGGUCUACGUACUUACACAGGGAAACUCUCCUAUCUACGUUGUGAGCAGAAGAAUGAGCGCAAAACUUAUGGCAAGCUGGUUUCUUCCACAUCAAAUGAGGAACAACGUUUGCCACCAGAGGUGCAGGAAUUUCAUGACAUACCAAACCCACCGAGAGACGAAAGGCCAGACAACUCUCCUCCACUUGCCGAUGCUGAAGAGGAUGAUGAGUUUGCAGAUGCCAUUUCAUUGGAUGGUGCUAGCAACCAAUCGUACGUUGAUAGUUGGCAUUCAGCUGUAUCGAAACACACCGCCUACUUUUCUCUCGCCGCCCAAAGUUUGCGCUCGCGUCGCAGCGUAUUAAGCCGCCUUGAAACGAUCAAUUUGGAAUAUGAAAAUCGUCGGCCACCGUCUACACUGCCAACGCUCGAUCAGCCAGUGCCUACAGAUACAUGGCAUACCGAAGAGGGUGAAUAUGUAAUGGUACAUGCAGCCUACACUACACAUCUAUCCUCAGACUGUUUUUUCGCGCCCCAGUCACUUCUCAAUGAUGGCAUCAUCUACUUGGUUAUAAUACGUGCUGGCGUAAGUCGUUCACAACUGGCACAGUUUCUACUAGGUACCAGCUCAGGUACACACCUACCGAAGGAGCCAAAUGAAUAUAUUGAAGUGGUGCCGGUGCGUGCAUUCCGCAUUGAACCCUGCUCCAACAAAGAAGGUAUUAUAACAGUGGAUGGCGAACGUGUGGACUAUGGACCCAUACAAGGUGAAGUACUGCGGGGUGUGAUAAAUGUCAUGGUGCCGAGUCCAAAUUGCACAAACUAG